ACACGUGACACCAAAUGCGUAUUUGUAUGUCUGGCAUGCAUGCACGGCAUGUUGGGGUGCAGGAUUUUUAGGUUAUAUUCGUUGUUCACGGAAGUAGGUUUUCCGAGUGACAGCGCUGUUGAAGAAGCGAGAAAUUGUGCAUCAGGAAUUUGUGGAAAUUAUUGAAUUUCUGUUGGAAAACUGAUUCAAGAGUUUGUUUGCUCACAUCAUUUUUUAUCAAGAGUUUUAGGUCAGGAUACAUGACGUUUUGGUGUGACUGAAAUUUUUGUGUUAUUUUGAGUAGUUGUGAAGAUAGUUAAUAUAAAAAAAUGGAUGAAGAUUUGGAGGGAUUUGGAACUUUAGUAACCAAAAAUAAGACAACGAAUUCUAAAAAAAGUAAGAAAAAAGGUGGUGGUUUUCAAUCUAUGGGUCUUAGUUUUCCUGUCCUGAAAGGCGUUCAAAAAAGAGGGUACAAGGUUCCCACUCCUAUUCAGAGAAAAACCAUACCUAUUGUAUUAGAUGGUCGUGAUAUUGUUGCAAUGGCUCGAACAGGAAGUGGUAAAACAGCAUGUUUCCUCCUACCAAUGUUUGAAAAGCUCCUGAAUUCUGUUAAGAAACCUGGUGCAAGAAGUUUAAUUUUAUCACCUACAAGAGAAUUGGCUUUGCAAACCCUAAAAUUUAUCAAGGAAAUUGGUAAAUUUACCGAUUUAAAGCCAGCUGUAGUAUUAGGAGGUGAUGCAAUGGACAGUCAAUUUGCUGCCCUUCAUGGAAAUCCUGAUAUCAUAGUUGCUACUCCUGGCCGUCUCUUGCAUGUUUGUGUUGAAAUGGAGCUGAAACUUCAGUAUGUGCAGUAUGUGGUGUUUGAUGAAGCAGACAGAUUGUUUGAAAUGGGAUUUGGUGAACAACUUCAAGAGCUGUUGAAGCGAUUACCUGAAGCUCGUCAGACACUCUUAUUUUCAGCCACCUUACCCAAGAUGUUAGUUGAAUUUGCAAGAGCUGGCUUAAAUGAACCUGCAUUAAUUAGAUUAGAUGUUGAAUCCAAAAUACCAGAGAAAUUGGAACUGGUUUUUCUGUGUUGUCGCACUGAUGAGAAAAUUGCAGCUUUAUUAUCUCUAUUAAAACACGUUAUUCCUUCCAAUUCUCAGACAGUGGUAUUUGCUGCUACAAAACAUCAUGUUGAAUAUUUAAAAAUGGUAUUGGACCUUGCAGAUAUAUCCAAUUGUUGUAUCUAUUCAACAAUGGAUGCAUCUGCUAGAAAAAUUAAUGCAGCAAAAUUUCAAGUUGGCAAAGCUUCUGUAUUAAUAGUUACAGAUAUAGCUGCAAGAGGAUUAGACAUACCACAACUGGACUGCGUGAUAAAUUUCAACUUUCCUGCAAAACCAAAAUUGUUUGUUCAUCGUGUUGGGAGAUGUGCUAGAGCAGGACGUGCAGGUACUGCCUACUCACUUGUGAGUAGUGAGGAAUUUCCCUAUUUAUUAGAUCUGCAUCUCUUUUUGGGGCGGCCGCUUCAAAUUGGUGAAGAAAGUAGUACAAUUGGCAGUAUUCCUUCACCUGUAGUGGAGGAGGAGCAAAUUGAAUUGUUGAACUGGCUCACAGAUUCAUCUGAUUUGAAAGAAUUGCAGAAAACGGCUAACAAUGGAUACAAGUCCUACUUGCGCACACGUCCUGGUGCCUCCGUUGAAAGUGUUCGUCGUGCAAAGGAGUUGGGACUUGCUCAUCUUAAACCUCAUCCAAUAUUUAAUAGUGGUUAUUUUGGAACGUCUGACGGAAUGAAAGCUGAAAUGCUAAGCAGAAUUAAAAGUUAUCGGCCUACUGGGACAAUUUUUGAAAUUGGAAAAGCUCCUACCUCUGAAACUCUUGCAAUUAUGAGAGAAGCCAAGAAAAAACAUAGUGUUGCGAUUGCCACACACAAGAGAAAAUUAGAAGAACAAGAACAGGAAAAUCCCUUAGAUACAGAAUUCAAAUCCUUUUUACCUAAAAAAAGUGCAAAUGCUACAGAAAAUAAAUUGAGCUCGCCAACACUGUCACUUCAUGAAAGAAAAAAAAGAAGAAAAGCUGCUGUAGAUACAGAACAUUUUGUGCCCUACCAGUCAGCUGAUCACCACACUGAGCAAGGUCUUAUGGUGAACAACUUCCAAUCGGAAGCAGCUCAAAUGCAAUUUGAUUUAACAGCUGAUAGUGCAGAUCAAAUGAAACGGCAGAGGAAUCAAGUGAAGUGGGAUCGAAGGAAGAAAAAGUUUGUGGGUACUAACCAGGAAACCAAGAAUGGUAAAAUUCUAACAGAAUCAGGUGUCUGGAUACCUGCUUCUUAUAAAACAGAUAGAUAUGCUCAAUGGAAGGAGAAGAAUAGAAUUGAUGCUAAUAAUGAAAGUAGUGAUGACAGUGAUGAUGGCGAUCCAGAAACUCAACGUAGGAGAGCUUUUAUGAAUAAGAAGUUCCCGAAUACACAUUGGGGUCGACAUAAUGAAAAAUUGCAGCGUAAAAUGAAAUCAGAACUGAAGAGACCAGAACAAAUUCUGAAAGUUCGUCAGAAGCAUGAAAGAGAAGAAUGGAGAAUUAAAAAUAAGCAGACGAAAAAAAAGAAAAAAAGUCGUAGAUAAAGAACAGAAAGAAGUAUAUGUAAAAUGUUGAACAUUUUGAAUUAAAUUUCAAAUAGAAUAUCUUCCUUAUUAUAAAGUACCUUAAAAAACAUAUUUCUUUUUUAUGCUUUUGUUGUGUUGAUAAUCUCAAUAUUUUGGUGUAAAUAAAAUGGAAUAUGUCAUCUUGGAAUAUGUGCUUUUAUGAAAUAUACACUAGCAACCUAAAUAGACAAAAAAACAUUUAUACAGUAAAACAUGCUCACUGUAGAAUGUGUAUUAUGCAGAAAUCUGUCCAAUGUGAAAAUAAUCCACAGUUCUGGCAAAUGUAAAUUCUAUAGUAUUCCAUUGUAUAAUGCAGAAAAAAAAUACUGGUUCCUUGAGAUUCCGUAUUGAUCACGUUUUACUGCAGUUAUAUCAACAACUGUUUCAUUCAGUGUUGUCUUGUGAAUAAUUUUCUGAAAACAUCCAUAAUCACAAGCACAGUUACACAGGGAAGGAAAUUUCCCUCUUUCAAAUUUUACAGUCACUAUUAAUUUUAACUUGUCAAGAAACUUUCAAACAGAAAUAUUUUCGGAUAAUUAUUAAAACGAAUAAAAUCGUAUCGUAGCAUGAGCUGAGUGUAGCUUGC